AUGAUGAAGCUCAAGUCCAACCAGACGCGCACCUACGACGGGGACGGCUACAAGAAGCGGGCGGCCUGCCUGUGCUUCCGCAGCGAGAGCGAGGAGGAGGUGCUGCUGGUUAGCAGUAGUCGUCAUCCUGACCGAUGGAUUGUCCCUGGGGGUGGCAUGGAGCCCGAGGAGGAGCCCAACGUGGCCGCUGUGCGAGAAGUCUGUGAAGAGGCUGGAGUGAAAGGGACGUUAGGAAGAUUAGUGGGAAUUUUUGAGAAUCGGGACAGGAAACACAGGACAUAUGUUUACGUACUUAUCGUCACAGAAGUGUUGGAAGACUGGGAGGACUCUGUCAAUAUUGGAAGGAAAAGGGAAUGGUUUAAGAUAGAAGAUGCCAUAAAAGUUCUGCAGUAUCAUAAACCAGUGCAGGCCUCGUAUUUUGAAACCUUGAGGCAAGGUUGUUUGGCAAACAACGGCACUCCUGUCAUGACCACGACGUACUCUGAGAGCUCUGUGUCUGACAUCAGAUGACUGAAGACGUCCCUAUGAGAGAAAUUUUGAAAAAUAGACUGAAACAUGGAUUUCCCUCCCCCCUCCCCUUUUUCACAUGCCUCCUCUAUCAAACAAGGCAUGGGCAGCAGCCUGUGGCAGAGCAAGUGUUAAGAGUGCUGCAAUUUAGUGCAAGGUGGGAUUUUUUUUUUGUUGGCUUUUUUUGCUUUUUUGCAUAUGUAUUUUGUAAAAUACAUUUUGUGCAUGAAGUGCCCCUUUCCCGUUACACCGCUUCCAUGGCCUGGCGAGCGAGGCUGCCAGUUUCGCCUCUGCCUUGUGUUCUGAAGUGUCCCGUUUGUGUCAUCCCAGCCAUAGCCACUUUUUUUUUUUUUAAUUAAAAGACUUCAAAUGUGAGAUCAGCUCUUUAAGUCUUAGUCUGUACUGUACGGUGCUGUUCAGACCUGUGUGGUGGUCACUUUCAGCACAUGUGUAUAAAGUUUUUUUUUUAGAUGGAGAAUCUAACAUUUUAAUUUUGUGGGAAUUUUUUUUAAUCCUGGUCUGCUUCUGAAAAGAAAGGUUCAUAAUUAAUCUGUUUGCCUUUUGUUCUGUUUUUUAAAAAAUACACAUUCUGUGACAGUGCUAGUGGCUGGGCCAGUUUACUCCCCGUUCAGUAUCUCCCGAUCUAGUGCAGUGACACUUGAAGUUGAGGGCAGAGUUUUGAUCACCUGCAGAUAUCCCUGCUGCUCCGUUGCUUCUCCUACAGCUUCCGCCAAUGUUUCUGCAUUUACAUCAGAAGGAAAGAAAAAGGAGUUGGUCUUUUAACACUUGGCCAAAAAUAAAUAGCCUCAGAAACGCUA